AUGGCAGAUCCUCCUAUCUUCAGCUUUUUCUGCACUUCCAUCAUUGUUCUAUCAUUGCUGCCCCUAUCCAAUACAGCCGACACUCUGAGUUCAGUUCAAUCUGUUAGAGAGGGAGAGACAUUGGUUUCCCCGGGCCGAAAGUUCGAGCUCGGUUUCUUCUCUGCCGGAAGCUCAAAGAAUAGUUACCUGGGGAUAUGGUUCGUGGUCAGUCCCGAAACGGCGGUUUGGGUUGCUAACAGGAACAAUCCACUCCCCGAUUUAAAUGGUACUCUGAAAAUAAGCAAUGAAGGUGAACUUGUUAUUCUGAACCGAGCAAAUAGCAUCAUUUGGUCGACGAAUUCAACCAAGGCUCUCAGAAACCCAGUUGCACAGCUCCUUGAUUCUGGUAACCUUGUUCUUAAAGAACGCAACAGUUUAGAUUCCGCUGACUACUCAUGGCAGAGCUUUGAUUACCCAUCAGACACGUUUUUGCUCGGUAUGACAUUGGGAUGGAACUUUAGAACUGGCUUGGAACAUCAUCUGACUUCCUGGAGAAGCACGGAUGAUCCUUCUGGAGACUAUACACUUAAAUACAAAAUUGAAGGUUUACCUCAACUUGAAAUAGUCAGCAAUGGUUCCGUCAAAGUUCAUCGGUCUGGACCAUGGAAUGGAGUUGAACUCGGCGGUAUGUCCAAGGUGCCGACUCCCAUUGGCAAACCCAUCUUUGUUCACAAUGAAACGGCAGCCUAUUUUGGGAUUGAAAUUUAUAAGGACGAUAUCACUGCCAAAUUCACAUUAAGCCCCGAUGGAAUUGUACAGACUCUUCUACUGAAGAGUGGAAGCACGAAGUGGGAUCUAACGUUCUCGCUCCCUGACAACCCUUGUGACAACUAUGGACAUUGUGGCACCAAUGGCGUGUGCCGAGUUAACCGAAGCCUAAGAUGUCUCUGCUUGCAGGGUUUUAUGCCCAAGUCACAAGAAGAGUGGGACAUGCUCAAUUCGACAGGAGGGUGCAUAAGAAAAGUUCAACUGAAUUGUUCUCGUGGCGAGGGUUUUAUGAAACUUUCGCAUGUGAAAUUACCUGACCUUAUAGAUUUCCAACUAUUCCAGAAUAUGAGCCUUAAAGAAUGCAAGGUUGAGUGUCUAAAGAAUUGUUCUUGCAUAGCUUAUGCUAAUUCGGAUGUUCGAGGAGCAGGCUGCUUGAUGUGGUUUGGUGAUCUCAUUGAUAUUAAGGAAAUUGACAUUGUUGGUUAUGGCCAAUAUCUCUUCGUACGGCUACCUGCUUCAGAAUUAGAUUCAAUCCGCAGUCUAUCCAAGAAACUGGUGACUAUCACUGUGGCUUCAGCCAUUUCAGGAUUGCUUAUUGUGGGCACAGCAUUAAGCAUAAUCUGGAAAAGAAGAAUGAAAAGCCGAGGCUUGCCAAGUGGAAUGGAUGACAUUGACUUGCCAUUAUAUGAUUUCGCUACCGUUGCUGCUGCAACCAACCAUUUCUCUCAAACAAACAAGCUAGGAGCAGGCGGCUUCGGUUCGGUUUACAAGGGAAUUCUUUCCACGGGUCAAGAAGUAGCAGUAAAAAGGCUGUCAAAAUAUUCGGGACAAGGUCCUGAUGAGUUUAUGAAUGAAGCCCUUUUGAUUGCGAAACUUCAGCACCGGAAUCUUGUUGGACUUGUUGGCUGCUGCAUUGAGGGAGAAGAAAGAAUGUUAAUUUAUGAGUAUAUGCCAAACAAAAGCUUGAAUUAUUUCAUUUUUGAGCAUGACAGAAGCUCUUCUUUGGCAUGGAAAAUGCGAUUUGACAUUAUUUUAGGAAUCGCCCGAGGACUUCUCUAUCUUCAUCGGGAUUCGAAACUACAAGUGAUCCACAGAGACCUGAAAACAAGUAACAUUUUGUUAGAUGCUGACAUGAAUCCAAAGAUUUCAGAUUUCGGCCUGGCAAGGAUCUUUCAAGGAGAUGAUACAGAGGCAGAGACGAGAAGAAUAGUUGGUACAUACGGUUACAUGUCUCCAGAGUAUGUCAUUGAUGGAAAAUUCUCUGUGAAGUCUGAUGUUUUUAGCUUUGGCGUGCUUUUGUUAGAGAUAGUAAGUAGCAAAAGGAAUAGAGGAUUCCAGCAUCCUGAUCAUCAUCACACCCUUCUUGGGCACGCAUGGCUUCUAUGGAGUGAAGGGAGGGCUAUGGAACUUACUGAUGAAUUUGAACGUGCCUCUUUCGUUGUGUCUCAAGCAGAGAGAUGCAUUCAAGUGGGCUUGUUAUGUGUCCAAAAGUUUCCUGAAGAUAGGCCGACAAUGUCUAGUGUCGUCUUCAUGUUGGCAAAUGAAGGAGCAACCUUACCACUACCGAAAGAGCCCGGUUUCUUCAUCGAGAGAAGUUCAGAUACCUCGUAUGCAUAUUUCGUUAAGGAAGAAUCCAAGACAUGCAAUGUUGUCACGGUCACAUUGCCCGAAGGUCGAUAGGAAUGCCAUGAUGGAUGUCCCUGCAAAAUGUAGACCAGCUUUCUCGAGGGCAAAGGACAGAAGAAGCA